CCCUGUAUGCACAUUUUCUGUAAGUCCUGCAUCUCUGCAGACUUUGGCCGAGGGAGUUACCCACACGUGAUAGCGUUGUGACAUUAAACGCAGCCUCUCGCACUCAAGCACUUACGACAGCGACAUCAAUCAAGGCUUAGAUCUUGGAGGAGACAUUGGGCCAUUUCCUCUCCCCUCACAUGGUUUCCUCGCAUCCCUCCGUGCUUCCAGAGAAGACUUGACGAAAGCUGCGGUUUCUUAAAGUUACGUGAUCUUAUUUGUUUGUGUCAUCACUUAUCAAACUGAGUCAGAUAAUCUGGCUCAGCUCUGAUUGACAGCCAGGAGAUAAAAUCCUUCGAUGUGACGUCUUGUAAGGAAUUUAAUCAUUAACUAGUCACCACCCAUCGUCACAAUUAAAAUUAAAUCACUCCCUUGAAAUUCCAUCUUUUAUCAGUCAAACAUUCACCCCGUAAAACGCCAGCUCUGAUGAACUCCUGUCCUGCUCUUUUAUUGAAGACCACAGUCGACUCACUGAGAUCCAGAUCUGUUAUUCAAGAGAGACAAAAACGUUGAGAGAAAAGGCUGCAUACAGGCGACCUCUCAUAGCUCGGCCAUGUUGACCAGUGAGGGGGCGCACACUAUGGAGCAGGACGACACACAACAUGGAGUGAAGAUGGCCUCCGCCACCACUACCACAACAACCGUCGCCGCCGCAGCUGGCGCCAGCUCAGACGGAGCAGAGACCAUGACAGACACGGACGUAGACAUGGAGAUGGAGAUGGAGGAGGCGGACAUGACGCGCUGGACGGAGGCAGACUUUGAGGAGAAGUGCACGUAUAUUGUCAAAGACACGGCGUGGGAGGCGGGCCCAGACGGUGACACCAUGAUGAUGACGACGACCAGAGCGGAGGCGUCUCUGCCGAGAAACCUGGCCUUCAAACACCCAGCUGAGAGCAAGGAGGUGGUCGGCGUAUGCAGCAGGGAGUACAUCCCCAAGGGAACCCGCUUCGGUCCCCUGGUGGGCGAGAUCUACACAGCCGAUAGCGUCCCCAAAGACGCCAACCGCAAGUACUUCUGGAGAAUCUAUGCCGACGGGGAGUUCCACCACUUCGUCGACGGCCUGGAUGAGACCCGUUCUAACUGGAUGCGGUACGUGAACCCUGCCCACUCGGAGGCAGAACAGAACCUGGCGGCAUGUCAGAAUGGCAUGGAGAUUUACUUCUACACAGUGAAGCCCGUCCCGGCCGGCGCCGAGCUGCUCGUGUGGUAUUGCCACGACUUCGCCAGACGCCUCCAUUACCCGCCGUCCGGAGAGCUGAUGAUGCAGAAACUCAAGCAGUCUCUCUUGGAGGUCAAGCAACAGCAGGUUAGCAGUGAGGAGCAUGUGGUCGAAGCCUCCAGCCCAUCCCCCGUCUCAGUGACCCCUACCCCGCCCAAGAGGGAACAUAGUGUCCUCUCCAUUCUGCGGGGCACCAACAGCACCUCUUCUUCCUCGUCAACCAAGCGGGAGCCCAGUCGGCCGCUUCCCACGCGCCCGCGUUGCGCAGACAGCCCCGAUCGCCCUUUGUACCCCCGUGCCCUCUACCCGGCUAUCAGGACCCACCCUCACAUCCCUGAAGACUUCCUUAGCCACAAACCCGGCCAGCUCGGUUACCCUCGUUCCCCUGGCAACCAGUCCUCAGCUACGCCCAGCCCGUCGGCGAGGAGCAGCCCAGACAGCAGCCCUCAGGGGAGCCCCUCGGUUCCAGCGCCAUCACCAGCAUCUUUCUACCCCACCGGACUGGGUUCCUACCCUGCUUACUCUCCACCAUCCGCACCCCUCUCAUCACCCUUCUACCCUCCAGGAGCCCCUUACUCGCGCUACCUCCUGCCUCAUCAUUACCCUCUGCCUGGCGGUGGCGUCCCCGCCGUGGGAGGGAUCUUUCCCCGGAUGUACCCUCUCUACAGCAGCCUCCUGCCACCUCACAUGCCCCUCCUGCCAUCUGACACAGCAGGGUUGCGAUUCCUGAUGCCUGACGCCGCCCCUGCCCACAGAGACUUCCUCUUUCCUGGGCCCACCAGUGCCUUCUCAGCUGCCACCUCUCUGAAGGACAAAGCAGGGCCUCACCACCCUUAUCCCGGGCACCCUCACCCACACGGAUCGGCCCACGCCCCUUCCAGCGGAUCCCCAACAGCAGGCACGGCACCUCCCAGUGAGCGGGUGCCCACCAAGCCUACCUCAGCUCUGCUGGGCAACAGCAGCGAGCAUCACCAGGACGAGGAGGCCAUCAACCUGACGAAGGUGAAGCGCGGUGUGGGCUCAGCUGGCUACAAGGCGUUGCCUUACCCGCUGAAGAAGCAGAACGGCAAAAUCAAGUAUGAGUGCAACGUAUGCAGCAAGACCUUUGGACAGCUGUCGAACCUGAAGGUUCAUCUACGUGUCCACAGUGGAGAGAGACCCUUCAAAUGUCAGACUUGUAACAAAGGCUUCACCCAGCUGGCUCACCUGCAGAAACACUACCUGGUCCACACUGGGGAGAAGCCACAUGAAUGCCAGGUUUGUCACAAGCGUUUCAGCAGCACCAGCAACCUGAAAACUCACCUGCGUCUCCAUUCGGGGGAGAAGCCCUACCACUGCAAACUCUGCCCAGCCAAGUUCACCCAGUUCGUCCACCUCAAGUUGCACAAGCGGCUGCACUCCCGCGAGCGUCCACACAAAUGCUCCCAAUGCCACCGCCACUACAUCCAUCUGUGCAGCUUGCGGCUUCACCUGAAGGGCUACUGCCUGGCAGCUAACUCCGGCCCCGGCACCUCAGCCGUCUCCAGUCAAGCCGCCUUGGAAGAGAUGCAACGCGCCAACGAGGAGAUUGAGCGCUUCGACGUCAGUGAGCAUGCCGAGCGGCUGGAGCAGCUGCAGGGAGGUGUGGAGGUAGAGGCCAUGUUGGAGAAGCAGGUCCUGGGGAUGCUGUGGAGGGAUACCGACCUCGAGUCCUCUCACUUUCAUCCCCACCACAAAAGCAGCGCCGUGUCCGCGGGUUAUGGUGUAUACGAGUCCCCGAACGAGACGUCGGUCAUCAAGAUGCGGCGCAGCAGUCCCGUUACACCACUUCCCGCCAACGUCACUGUCAAGCAGGAGUCAGAGGAUCACGCUUAAGAUACCUUUGACCCUCCCCAAAGGACAUAAAGUCAGACUGCAUGACUCAAGACGGACUGGGUUGCCAGGAGCAACAGCUGUAAAUAAAUAAUUCUCUACCUGGUCGUCAUCAGGAGGGACAUCAUGACCACACCAGGUUUUUCAACCUAUCAGGGACUCGCGUACUCAGGGCUACAAGAGACACUGUCCCAUGACUACUUUCAUUUAAUAUACUUAUAGACAAUCAUCUAUCCAGGACUUACCUUCAGUGUAAUUAAUAUUAUGCUAUUAUCGUUGUUGUAUUAUUUGGUCUCUAUUUUCAAAUGUUUUUUUUUGAUCAAUUAGUUGUUAUAUAACCUCCUUAAUUUAUUAUACUUUUUAUUUGUUGUCUUCAAAAGCAAUAAGUGGAAGGGAUGGUUACACUGACGGGGUGAAAUCAAUAUAAAAGACUAUUUUUUUCUGUUGAUAUUUUUGUUUUUCUCUGUGGCCAUUUCUCUGUAGAUAGUCACUCUCUCUAUGCCUGUUAUCCGUCCUGUGACCUCUGACCCAUCGAACCAGGGGUGUCCUCUACUCUUCAGGGUUUUAUCUAUUUAAAUUUUUAAAAACAAUCUACCAGGUUAAAAAAAAAAAAAAAAAAAAAAAAGGGUUGAAAACCUUGCCAAAUUACGGCACAUAAAUUUGUUAAUUUAGCGAGAAGAGCUUUAUUUCAACCCUGCUUGUUCGCUUCCCUAAAGUAUGUCUGUGUCCUUUUUCUGAUGCCUACUUAAUUUAAAUGAAACAAAAAAAGGGCAUUUUUUUCUUUUUUGUAUAUUUUUCACAACGGUUACCUCAGUGUGCAUGUGACAACAUGAGUGUGUGUUUAAGUGUGUGUGUUUAAAAGGGACAGCUGAAGGUGGGAGCUUUCUAUUUAUUUGCUUUUUUUUUGCUACUUGAAGAAGAAGAAGAAACCAAACUGAACUGGAGUGCAGCUCUUCACGUGGUCCAAAAGGAGCGGCGGCGGCGGCGGCAGCAGAAGCGGCAGCAAAUGCUCCGUCUGCUCAACAUGUAGCACAUAAGGGACUCGGGAGGCUAGCGAGCCGCCUCCCACUCGUUCCUCCUCUUGUUUUUUUUUGUUUUUUGUUUUUUUUUUUACUACACUGUUAAACACCCAACAGGGAAGUAAACAUCCUCAGAUGUAGGGAUUCACACUUGACGCUAGUAACCAAAGUUCACUUGGCUUAAUUUCAAACGCACACCCAAAAAAAAACAAACAAAAAAAAACACAAAAAAGGAAAAAUUGAAACAAGGGAAGAAGGACUUGAGGAAUCAAAAUGCUGAAGAAGGGAAGAUGUAGUGUGUAUAUGAUGAAGUGUUGGCUCUUUAGCUGUGGUCUCUCGUUUUGUAGAUGUUUUUUUUGUUUUGUUUUGUUGUUGUUAUUGUUGUUUGUUAAUAUUUUGGUUGAGAAACAAAAGCCCCCUCCCCUUUCUUUAACCCGUCCGCCAUCUUGUUAAUGAACUGGCAUACACCAAAGCACCUCGGCCUUCUUCUUUUAUGCACUGGCCCCCCUCCUCCUCCUCCUCCUCCUCCUCCUCCUCCUACUUUAUAACUUCAGUGCCGAUGCUUGCACCAUUUACAAUGUGUUCAAUGUUACUUAAACCGGUAAUAAUGGCAUUAAGACUCGACUUAAUGUUACCAUAGCAACCUGUGAUUUUUUUUUCUGCAGCAGUUGUGCAUCAAUGAUCUGAACUCUGUACUCUGAUUGGUUAUCUUUCUCUCUCUCUCUCUUACUAAUGUUCGACCAAAGCAUCUCUUUCUCUCUGAUCAGAGCUUUAACUCCACAAGAGAAUCCCCCUAAAGAACUGUCUCUGUUUACAUUCUGGUUUACAUAGUUAUUUAUGUGCAAAAUUGUCAAAAAGUGUAAAUUAUGAUAUAAAUGUUCACUGCUUUAAUCUAAA